AUGGGAUUUUUACAAGAUGAUCGUGAAUUUGUCGAGGCAAUCAAAGAGGCGCAUCUUUGGGGGUCGGGUCCUUUUUUACGCAAACUAUUUGUGACACUGUUACUUUCGGCAUCCAUGAAUAGACCUGAACAUGUUUGGAGAAAGACUUGGAGAUAUUUAUCGGAUGGCAUUCUUUAUGAUCAACGGUUAUUGGCAAGAGAUCAAGGUUUGACAAUGAGCGAUGCCGAACUAAAGGAACGGACACUGAUGGUUAUUGAAAUACUAUUGCAAAAUAAUAAUCGUAGUUUAAAGGACUUCAAACCAAUGCCGAUCCCAAAAGAGGAUGUCGUUUUCUUUACUGGAAACAUAUUACUUUAUGAUGAAUGUCAAUAUGAUGUUGUUGAACAACAACAAAUUUUUGAACAUUUGUCUGCUUCUCUUACAGAGAAGCAACAAGGUGGUGUUUUUUUUCUGUAUGGCUACGGUGGGACUGGUAAGACCUUUAUGUGGAAAACUUUAUCAGCAGCACUUAGGUCUAAGAAAAAAAUUGUCUUGCCUGUUGCUUCAAGUGGGAUUGCAAGUUUGUUGUUACCAGGUGGAAGAACAGCUCAUUCUAGAUUUAAGAUUCCAGUUCCUACUCUAGAAAAUUCUAUUUGCAACAUUGAAAAACAAGAUGAUCUUGCUGAGCUUCUAAAGAUGACAGAUUUAGUUAUAUGGGAUGAGACUCCUAUGGCUAAUAAAUUUUGCUUUGAAUCUCUCGACAAAUCCUUGAGAGAUAUUAUGAGUGGAAUCCCACAUGCAUCUAGGAAAGUUUUUGGUGGUAAGGUUGUUGUGUUUGGUGGUGACUUCAGACAAAUUCUCCCAGUUAUACCAAGAGGAACUAGAUCAGACAUUAUCCAUGCAACCAUAAAUGCUUCUUAUAUUUGGGAUCAUUGUAAGGUCUUGAGGCUUACAAAGAACAUGCGCUUGCAAACUGGUGAUAAUGCUUCUUCUACAGCUGAUGACAUAAGGAGCUUUUCUGAGUAG